GUCUGAUCUAGCGCCCGUCAGAGGAUUUGCUCAGAUCUGCGAGUGUACGGCAACAUCAGACGAGAGGAAGCCCAGACGAUCAGACUGUAAACACUCGCCGGAAAAAUCACCCUCGACAUUCUCAGGUCAAAAGUGGAAGAACCUUGACUAA